AUGAUUUCACGUAUAGGUUUAUUAAAUAAACAAUCUAUUAAUUUAUUAUCAAGAAAUCUUUCAUCAAUAAAUAGAUCAACAUCGAUAAUAAAAUCAAAUCAAAUAUCAUUAUUAUCAAAAUCAACUACAUCAAUAUUAUUAAAAAGAUUUUCAUCAUCUAUUCCAACUGUUCCAACUUCUCAUAAUGAAGAACAAGAAGUAUUAGUAGCACAAAGAAAAAAUAGACCAGUAUCACCACAUUUAGAUAUUUAUCAACCUCAAUUAACUUGGGUUAUGUCAAGUUUCCAUAGAAUUACUGGUAUUAUAUUAGCUGGUGCUUUUUAUGGAUUAACUUGUACUUUUGCUGCUACUUCUUUAUUAAAUAUUCCUUUUGAUACAAAUACUUUAGUUUCUGCUUUUUCAAGUUUACCAGUUGCAGUACAAUAUGGUUUAAAAGCUAUAGGUGUUUUUCCAUUUGUUUAUCAUGGUGCUAAUGGUAUAAGACAUUUGAUUUGGGAUUUUGGUAAAGAAUUAACUUUAAAGGGAGUUUAUAGAACUGGAUAUAUUGUUUUAGCUACUACUGCUUUAUUAGGAACUUAUUUAACAUUUUUUUAA